AUGGCUGUCGGUUUGGCGUCAAACGUGUCGCACAACGCCCUGGACGAAGAGGCGCGGGCCGAAGUCGAUGUCCUCAACUCGCGCCUGGACAAGACGACACAGCUCACCAAAAAAAUCCAGGCAUGCCUCGGUCGACUCGACGCUACGGGCCAGAGCGUGCGCGAGGUUGCCGGGCCAUUGAAUGGAGAGACUCGGCGAUUGCAGGUUCUGGGAACAAAUGUCGACUCUGUGAUUGCCGCAAUCGAUCGCCUACGACAACCAGCAGAUAGCAAAGACGAUGAGGAGCAAAUUAUCCGGGCUGGUCCCGAGAAGGCAGGCCUGUCUGCCUACCUCGGAUCGAUGAAGCGUAUAAACAGGUCGCAUGCCGACAUGCAGGCAUCCAAUUUGCGAGCCAAUCAAAAUACUAUGGCGGAUCUGACGCGUCUAAUCAAGACCGGGAAUACGCAACUCGAAGCGUUCUUCGAGAAGCUGCUUCGUACCGAAACACCGCGGGCCCUCGAGCCGCUGCAUUACAUCACCAAGGACAAGGAGUUCCCGGUCUUGCCUCAGGAGACCAUCACACGGCUUGGCCUGAUAUAUUCACAUCUUGGGAGCAACACUAAGGGAGCGGGAUAUGACUCUCCAAUUGCAAAAAUAUAUGGCGAGAUCCGUGGACCAUACUUAUCAGCGUCUCUGGUCAACCUGGCUGCCGCAAGCGUAAAUACCGCCAAGAAGAAGAACCCCGGAGCCAUCUACAGAUCCGGAACCAAUGGAAUGGGAACAUAUGCACAGGCGAUGGAGGGAAUCUUCGUGGCAGAGUAUGAGAACGUCUGCAGCAUAUUUGGCCGCGAGGAUUGGGGCCCUGUGUUCCAGGCUGCGUGCCAAGCGCCUCUCGCCGAGCUUGCAAGAACCCUGCGCGAACUUAACGCCCAUAUCAAGCAACACCUCACAACUGAUUGCUACCUCGCAUACGAAGUUACAGAAAUUCUUUCCACGCUGUCCGGAAACCUGGAGACCAGAACAGGUGAACUAAAGCCACAGCUGGCAGCCGCUCUCAAGCCCGUGAGAGAAACGGCCAAAUCGUCACUAGCAGAACUUCUCGAAGAUACAAAACGCAAGGUCGGCGGUGUUCAAGCAUUACCCAAUGAUGGCGCCCCCCUCCCAAUCGUUUCAGAGUCGAUGCAGCGUCUUCAAGCUAUGAUGGAGUUCCUGCGUCCUAUAGCUAGUAUAAUGAUUUCACUCGGAGACGGCGGCUGGAAGAACGGUGCUUCUGCUCGUGGCGCGGAUGCGAUCCCCAGCCUUGCAUCAUUCGAUGUCACCGCCGACGGGCAACAGAUCUUUACACACUACUGCUUCGACACGAUAGAGGCGCUCCUCACGGCGCUCGACUCCAAAAUGCGUCUCCUGAUCCGCAGCAAGUCCACGCAGGGCGUCUUCCUCGCCAACAGCGUCGUCAUCAUCGAGCGCUCCAUUGUCACGUCGGAGCUCGCGCCGCUCCUCCAGCCGCGCCUCGACGUGCUCGACCCGUGGCGCAAAAAGGCGACGCUCGCCUACACGGACGUCUGCAAGGACCUGUCCGUCCACCUCUUCGACACGAUCCAUACCUCGCAGCGCGCGCGCCCGCAGUCCGGCGGCCCCAUUGACUCGGCCACGGUCGUCAAGGCCCUCAGCAGCAAGGACAAGGACAAGAUUAAAGAAAAGUUCUCGCAGUUCAACAGCACAUUUGACGACAUGGUGACCAAGCACAAGGCCUACAGUAUGGAGCGCGAGGUGCGCGCCAUGUUUGGCCAGGACAUCCGCCAGAAGCUGCAGCCGCUGUACGACCGCUUCUGGGACCGCUACCACGAGAUUGACAAGGGCAAGGGCAAGUACGUCAAGUACGACAAGAGCUCCAUCGCUGCCGUGUUUGUCAGCCUCGGCGCAUAA